AUGCAUCGGACCACACGGAUCAAAAUCACAGAGCUGAACCCUCACCUCAUGUGUGCCCUCUGCGGGGGGUACUUCAUCGACGCCACUACCAUCGUGGAGUGCUUGCAUUCCUUCUGCAAAACCUGCAUCGUGCGCUACCUGGAGACCAACAAGUACUGCCCCAUGUGUGAUGUGCAGGUCCACAAAACCAGGCCGCUGCUGAGCAUCAGAUCUGACAAAACCCUGCAAGACAUCGUCUAUAAACUGGUCCCUGGGCUUUUUAAAGAUGAGAUGAAACGACGGCGGGAUUUCUAUGCAGCAUACCCCCUGACUGAAGUCCCCAAUGGCUCCAAUGAGGACCGCGGCGAGGUCCUGGAGCAGGAGAAGGGAGCUCUGAGCGACAACGAGAUUGUCAGCCUCUCCAUCGAGUUCUAUGAAGGUGUCAGGGACCGGGAGGAAAAGAAAGGUCCUCUGGAGAAUGGGGAUGGGGACAAGGAGAAGACAGGGGUGCGGUUCCUGCAAUGCCCAGCAGCCAUGACCGUCAUGCAUCUCGCCAAGUUUCUUCGCAACAAGAUGGAUGUGCCCAGCAAAUACAAGGACGAAUUUGGAUGGGGAGUGGGAAAAAGACACAGAUUUGUAUAUCUCUACCUAGCAGAGCGAAAGGAUGUGGUUUGCAGGGCGGAAAUGAAGUCUGAAAAUGCAUGA